ACACGCGAAAGUGAAUGAAAUUUUUCGAUGACAAAACUCACGCGUUUAUAAAAGAAUAAAGUGCACAAACCUGUUCUCCUGAGAAAUAUUAUUUAAUAUUCGUACGAUGCCGUUGAUGUUGCACUAAAAGCGCAUUUUUUUGUGAAACACACACCGUUCAACAAGAUUAUUCAUUUCCCUGGCAUCGCGCAAUGUCGGUAAUAUCUACUAAAUAAAUUCUGCUGUAUAAUGGUGGGGUGGAUGAAAUUAUCAUAGCAAAUGUACGUGUUAACGUUUGAUACUAACAAGAUGCAUAUCAUAAAGACAUUGUGCAUGAACAGUUGGCGCAUGAACGUCAAAUCAACGAGUUGUUGAACGACGCAGUGUUGAACAUCUUUUUCUGGAGUGACUAUAGGUACAAUGGUUGCGUUAAUUAGUGUACGCAAUUAUAGCUCUCGAUGACAAGAAAGUUGAAUAUUUUAAGUGAUUAUUGUAAACCUUUCAUCUGUCGAAUAAGAGGAAUGAAAGUUCAUUUUAUUAUAUAUAGGUUGUAAAUAUUAAAUAUUAUUCAGAAAUUUGGAAAGCAUUUCUUGAAUGAUGAAAAUUGGACAAAGUUACUGCGAAUUGGGAAAUGUUCCACGUGCAAUUCUAUCGCAACGCCCUCGUGCGAUGGGCGCAGGAGUAAUCUUGGAAAACAAUGCUAUGUCUAUAAUAUUUAAGUUACUUGGAGAGAUAUGUUAAAAUAAUGGAUUUCGCAAAAGCACAACUUUUAAAAUACGGCUGGACAGAAGGUAAAGGUCUAGGAAAAGAUGAAAACGGUAUCGCAAACGCAUUAAGACCGAAACUUAAAUUUGAUUCAGUUGGAAUAGGACACAAAGAUGAAGACUGUAAUGAGUGGUGGGCAACUGGUUUUAAUGAUGCAGCUAACAACAUUAUGGUUGAAUCACAAUCGCAAGGUGUAUCCAUAUCUGUUUCAAAAGAAAAUAAAAAUGAGUUGCCUAAGCACUUACCUCAAAAUAAAUUCAGCUAUGGAAAUUUCCUCAAAACUUCCACGCUAUUUAAUGGUACCUUGGUACAAGAACAUAAUUCAAAUGUUCCUGAAGUAGAACAAAAUGAACAGAAUUUUAAAUCAAUUUUUUUAACAGACCAAGAGUUGUUUAAAGUAUGUAAUGGUAGAACUGCUCACAAGGGAGCUAGGCACGGUUUAAAAUUAAAUGGUAAAUUGAAAAGAGUAGAAGAACAAGAGAAAAAUUUCUUACAAAUGCAAAUGAAUAAAUCUGAAGUAAAUCUGUGCGACACAGAUGAGGAAACCCUACCUCUUAAUCUUUCUUCCAAAGAAGAAGAAGAAGAAGGUAUCUUAAAACAAUCUAGGAGUGAGAAGAAACGUAAAAGAAAAAUAAAUGAUUUGACACAUCAAUUAGCUAUUUUAUGCAAUAUAGAUGAUACCAUAGAUACAUCAAAACUAAAAAGGAAAAAAAGAAAACAAGAAAAAAAUGGUUUGAUAAAUUAUAAUUUUGAUGACAUUAAGAAAAAGAAAGAAGGUAAAGAAAUUAGUGAUAUGCCACUUUCUGGAGAGGAAAAAUUAGAUAAACGGAUGAUAAAAAAGAAGAAUAGAAAAUGUAAAGAGAAUCGUGAUCAUGGAUCCACACAUAAAAAGAAGAAAAGAACAAGGGGAAAGAAGAAGAAAUACCAAAGGGAUAAUCUUAAUGCAGAAAAUGAAAAUGUUCAGCAUCAUAGUAAAAAAAACUGUGCUGACAUAUUAGAUUCCAUACUUCGUACAGAGCUUCCUUGUAAUGAAUUCCCUUCAUAUUCUAAGAAUGAUAUAAACUCAUUUCCUUAUUCGAGUUCUCCAGAUACAUACACAAGAAAUGAAUCAAUC